AUGCAGUUCUCCCAGAGUCCUCCCAACCCACCCGCAGCGGCCCAACCUGAAGGGUCGAAGAGUGACCCACCUGUAGGACCUGGUCUAACCGAGGCAACCACGGCUCAGGUAAUAAUCAUCGAGACGAACUCGAUUUUCACAACCGUACCGGACUCAAACAGCGCUCAUGGAACAACCUCCAGGACAGACGGAGGGUCCACGACGGACGAGACGGUGUCUUCUUCUGAGCCUGUAGGGACGACCCAACGACAAGGUUUCGAGGAUAAAGACGACCAAAGUUUGGUGAAAGAGAAUCCUUUCUUCAAGCUUCGAUCCUCGGCUAUGCUUCCUCAGGUGGAACAGGACAUCAAAGAGGCGAAGGAGAGGGAGCGAGAGCUCCAGAUGCAGAGGAGCAGUCUUUAUGGAGGAGCAGCCGUGGAACCUGAAGCAGAGAGGAAAGGAAUGGAAAUAGAUGAGCCGACGCAAAUAGAUUCAGGGAUGGGAGAAAGAGAAAAAAUUGAAAGUGGAGUUGAAGAGGAAAUAAUAUCCCUCCGCGAAGAGAUUCUUAGCCCCCCAGCUAAAGAGACAAAUCUGCAUCUAACAGGCUGUCAGUCAGAGUCGUCCACCACCCCGACAUCAGUACGACAGUCCACUGGAAAACUGGAGUUAACGUGGCCACCACCCCAAACUGAGGAAGUAAAGCAACAGUCAGAGAAAGCAUCAUGGACCCCACGACAGCGAAACCCGUUACUGGAUCGCUGGGAGUCAGGGAUGGUGAACGGACACGUGGAGGACAGCAACUGAGACGAGGAGCAUCACAACAUAUUCAUUCUACCAGUGAACACAUGAUCAACUAGCACAGAAAUCUCCUUGAUCUUCUCAACUUUAGAAGGAGGAAAGGCAGCCGUGGAUUCAAAGCAGACCUCUGCCUCAAAAAGACAAAGGAGAAAAGUGACACGUACAAGCCAACACUCCAGAAAUGUCGGUGAAAUCACCCGAAACACUUUAAUAAUCAUCGAACAAGUAGUGUGUGUGACUUAUAGACAAUCACCAAUGCUGCUGGUUGGUUUGGCACGGGCUAAAAAGCUCACGAUGCGUUAUGAUUAUAAACAUUUCUUUUUAAUAAACAUAACUAUCUCAUAGGGACUGAAAGGUGGUGUCAAUUAAAAUGAUAAAAGAAACAUCAGGUAGAUCGUUUAUUACUCAUUAUUACGCGGCUCGUUGGAAUGCUUGAUUCUGAUUGGCCAGUCGCGACAUUUGCAGGUUCGUUAUUCCUAGAUAACAACCGCUCAAAAGUGAUAACUCACGGUAAUCCGGAUGCAGCAAAUCAUUUUGACGGGUUUUUUUUGACAAAUUACAUGGAAAUAUAUCUUUUAAUAACAUAUACGACAUUAUAUUUACAAAUGAUUAAACCAAAUUGCCUGUUCGUGACAUCAGAAUGUCGUUUAUUACCUUAAACCAGAAGUAAACGGCUUUUCCUCGUGGAAGGUCUGCAUUCGGUAAAAAUGAGCUAAUAAAAUAUUUCAAUAUUUUUUUCUCAUGUGGCAAGUAGCCGUGUAAUAAGUGGGAUAAUGUACAAGCAGCCGGCUGUUAUUAUCCCUUGCUUAGAAAAGCCCAGUCGGCAGUGGUAAAUAUUAACAUACAGUAUAAUGCACUAAAUCAACUUUUUGUUAUUUCUGAUUGUUUGAAAUACAUUCGUGCAAGUCACUUUGACUGAUUGAAUGUUGCUGAGAAGAAACCAUGAGUCAACAACCCACUACCUGCUCGCUCAUUUAUUCAAAGCCAUUGUGUGUGGCUUCUGAAACUGCAUUCACAAUAGGUUGUAAUGUUUAUUUAUGACAUGUGUAUGGUAUUGAAUUCAAGGUUUGACAAAAAUAAAGAGGGUACAGUUCAGUUUCCACGUGAAAAUUCUUUUGCUUGUUUAGUGACAUCACAGCAUUUUCGUGUCUGUGAAUGCACGGCUACCUUGCCUCAACACGCCAGUGGGCAUUCAAAUGAGUCGCCAUGGUGAUGAUGGUACUGUUUGAAAGGUACAAAGAAAACGUACGAGUCCGAGCGGGAUUAGUCACGAGUGAGGUCACACAGCGUGACUUUACUGAGCCCAGUACUGAGUCACCUGUGAAUAAUUCAUUCAGGUCUUCAUUCAUGCCAAUGCUCAUUUGCAAAGAUGGACAUUCAUUUAAGCCACUGGAGAGACGUUGCCCUUUGAACCCAAUAAACAAAAUAUGUCAUAGUGGUGAAUUUGUUAGGAAUGCAAAACUAUUUUUAGUGAUGUGCACACAAAAAUAGUGUGUUGUUUCGACCCAUGGUUGUGUUCUUCAGCAGAACACAAAAGAAGAUAUUUUGAAGAAUGUUGGUAACCAAACAACACCGGCAGCCUUUCAUUGUAUGGACAUAAAACCCCAGAGACAUUUCUCAAGAUAUCUUCU